UACACUAGCAAGCUUGAUAUUUCAUAGGCGUGGCAGAAUCAGAAUAAUGCCCCUUAUGUUUUCUGCCUAGUAAGAGAGCAGGCAUCUCAGUUCUGCAGUGUGUCCUCCCUCGACCUUGAGGACAUCUUCUGAAAGUGUCCAGAUCUUCUCCACCAUGGUAUGUUCAUACUCCAUGUUCGAUUUUUUUGUCCAGUGAAUACUUUUUUUAAACAUGCAUGCUAUAAGUUCUGCUAUGGCAUGCACACUUUCAAAAUUGAUACAGAAAUAUGGCCAUGUGGCAUGUAACAAAAUAAAUUCGGUGCAACUUGAAUAAUAAACACUACUUUCUACUCCCUCCGUUCCAAAUUACUCGUCGCAAAAAUGGGUGUAUCUAGAACUAAAAUACAUCUAGAUACAUCCAUACCUGCGACAAGUAAUUCGGAACGGAGGGAGUAAAUAUGACCAUGUGGUACUAGUUUGCGCUGUAUGCACAGGAGAUACAUGGCCAUAUUUCUGCAUCACAAUUUAGGUAGUGUUAUAGCAAUGAUAUCCAUUCAUGUUUGCUGGAAAUCACAAUAUUUUGGACUAAAAGAAACUGCAAAUGCACCUGGCAAGACCGUGAGGUCAGAGUUCUCGCAGGAGAGCUCAAAAUUCUAUUCUGCCAGGCGAUGAUGUAAACUCCCUCCACACAGUCCUCGGUGACAAUUCUACCUAGACCAGAGACUCGAGACGACGAUGGAUCAGUCUUUCUGCCACGUGCCAAAUUUUCUCUGGGCUGUGAGUGGUGAGUGGUGACUGAUGAAGUUUCGGAGACUGCUCAGAUGGGGACUACUGGUCAUAGGCACACGGUAUGUCUUUGUUCCUUGUAUACUUGUGGCAACUCUUUCCAAGUCAAUAAAACUUCAGGGUUUGGCAGAAGAAAAUUCAAUGCUCCAGUAGAGGGAUUCCCUAUUUAAAAAGGGCUGCACUAGUUCAUGUUUUGCACAUGGUGGCUUCUGAUUUGGCUCAAUUGGUGAGUUUUCUGACGUGCCUGAUAUUGUCUAGGAAGUAUCACAUGAAAUUAACAAAACAAGUGUUUUCUGACCUGUUAUUUGCACUUUUGGAGUCUGUUCUGUGGUGUCUCCAUGUCUGAGUAGAUUAUUUCUUAAUUUUCCAUGUAAAGAGUUCAAGUGUUAUGCAAGUUUUGAUCAGGUGAUGCUGGAAUUGACAAGCUGCAAGAUUGGCCGACAGUUGUCUGUUUUACUCCACGUUUGUGAUGGCUGAUGAUACCAAGUUCCUCCUUUUGUUCCUCCUCUUGAGCAGCUCAUCACUGUGUUUUGGUACUGAACAAGAUAUCCGGUGCCUGAAGUCUGUACAACGCUCAUUGGCUGAUCCCGGCGGUGUUCUCAGAUCUUGGGACUUUGAAAAUGACACCGACGGUUACAUAUGCCGCUUUACCGGUGUGGAAUGCUGGCACCCUGACGAGAACAAGAUUCUCUCUCUGCGACUAGGCAACCUAGGACUUCAAGGCCAAUUUCCUGUUGCUCUACAGAAUUGUUCAAGCCUGACCGGCUUGGACCUGUCAAAUAACAAUUUUUCAGGACCAAUCCCUCAGGACAUUUCACGGCGGAUGCCGUAUCUGACAUCUCUGGAUCUUUCGUAUAAUAGCUUUUCGGGGCUAAUCCCACAGAAUAUCUCAAAUAUGACAUAUCUGAAUCUCCUCAACCUCCAGCAUAACCAACUCAGCGGUCAAAUUCCAUCGCAAUUCAGUUUGCUUACUCGGUUAACUACGUUCAAUGUUGCGGGCAACUUGUUAUCAGGGCCUGUUCCUACUUUGCUACAGAAGUUUUCGUCUUCAAACUUUGCUGGUAACCAAGGGCUUUGUGGUUCACCUUUAGAUGAGUGCUCCACCCCUCGGAGGAGAUGGAGACCGAUACGAAUCAGGCUGCACAGGAUCAACGACCAGUCGAGCAUCGGAGCGGCCGUCGGAUUCGUCGUGGGGUUCGUGGUGGCCUUCUACUUCCCGCACUGCUUCGUCUGCUCCGAGAGGCUCCGAGCCUACGUCGUCCGGAUAUGAUUCACUUGUUAUUCUGAAACUUUGUCUGGCAUAGCUACCCCCGAGGCCAAAUGAGCACUUCCGGCAGUACAUCUUUCUUAGCUUGUUCCCUGCAGUAACGAUUUUCUUAAUUCGCAUGAUAAUGCAUAUGUCAACUAUUCUAGAAAGAGGCAAGACAUCAACUGGCCGUAAUUAUUUAUGUACCAUGUCGACAUUUCUGAAGGAACACAGUGAAACUCUACAUUUCUGUAGUGUUUUUCUGUCCAUUUCCAUGCUUUGCCCUUCUUGAACGCAUGCACACCUAUCGUCUUUUUACUAGGAAGAUUUUCCCAAGAGAGUACUCCUGAAAGGCUUUGCCAACCAAGCUGGAUACCUUCACGUGUUCCGGUGAAAAUUCUUUGGAGACCGGAGGCUCUUGACGCAAGGUUGGUCUCUCUGCUGUGUGCAGCUCACUUAUUUCAGUUUCGUUUUCUGUUAUUGUGGAAAGCCUGAUGCUUCCUGACUGGUUUGUGUCCCGUGCCCAUGAUCCAUCUAUGCCGACGGCUUGCCAGCCAGGGAUGCCAAGGAUGUGCAGAAUGUCCCACAAAAAAGUAGGAUGUGCAGAAUGAACUGGCAGGAGAAUGCACCUGCUGCCUUUGUUGGUCUGUUCAUCAUUGGGUGGUAACAGUGUCGGAAAACAACUCAUAUGAGUGUCCAAAAGGAGGAGCUUGUGUACAUUCUGGUGUGUAUUGAAAAUGUCUCCUAGAUUCAAACAAGAAAAGUUUGUGAAAAUGGUUCCAGGGCUUGAGGGAACUGAUGAGGAUUUAUGUGAUCUUGUUCAUGCUUUACUAAGCCCGGUAUCAAUGGGAAAUGGUAAUGUACAGUUUUUUUUGUCAAUU